CGCGUUUACGGAAGUGGCCCCGUCGUUAAUUGUCUCUCUCGCUCGCCUCGCAGUGUUUAGCCUCUCGUGAAACAAUCAGUCGCUACGCUUGAGGUGUUGUUGUUGUUGUCUUUGUGUGAGUCGCCGAUCUCCUGCCCGCGGCGUGUGCUCGCGGGGAUGGUGUGUAAGACGUGUGAGACGAAGCUCGGAAAAGUGAUCUGCCCAGACACGUGGAAGGAUGGAGCACGAAAUACGACGGAGGGUGGUGGCCGGCAACUCAACGAGAAUAAGGCACUGACAUCCAAGCGGGCACGCUUCAGUCCCUACGGCAAAAACCGCUUCAGCAACUGCCGCAUAUGCAAGAGCUCCGUGCACCAAGUGGGCUCCAACUACUGCCAGGGUUGUGCCUACAAGAAAGGAAUCUGUGCCAUGUGCGGCAAAAAGAUCUUGGACACCACCAACUACAAGCAGUCGUCAGUGUGAAACUUGUGUCUGAAUGGGCUCCUACCAGAUCAGCAGAUGCACCAAUACCACCACCGACGCACCAAUACCACCACACUGACACUUGCCAUAUCAAGGCUCAUCAUGCCUUCUUUGUUGACAUGGUGCAUUACAUGUAAGAUUGCCUUGCCUUGUGUAUAUCUGUAAUACUUAGGCUGUAGAUGUUGCUGAACAUAAUUAGGAAUUAGUUUAGUUACUCAUCAAACACCAUCACCACCAAAAAACAUCUUGUACCACCAAACACCACAACCAUACAUCAAUCAAACAUCACGCAGCAGCACGCACUGAACACCACUAAUAAUUAUCACACACGACAUGCCACAAACUUUCCUAACAUUACAAAUUGCUACCUGCAAGAUAACCAUAACAACUUUGCAUUGUAUAGAAUUGCGCAGUUUUUAGACAUGGUUCACCAUCCCAACGCUUCAGUUAAUUUUCCUGGUUUGGUUCAAGAUUAGAUUGUGUUGUCUUGUUGUGGGAGACAGCGGUAUGCAACUGUUGCUGUGUUGUUCUUUUUUUGUUAAAUUCCAAGAGGCAUCCAUCCAAGCUCUGACAUAAAAUUUCAAGAUCUAGCGAUGUCUUUUUACGUGCACAUGAAACCCAACGGUCCAGUCUUAGGCUAACCACAUUGUAUUAUACUUUAUUGCGAUUAAACAUUUUGAAUGUACA